CAUCAACUUGAUGAAUCUGGAAAUGUUGAAGUUAAUACGAAGAAAUUGAAGAAAUGGUGGAAACACUUUUCGAGCAUGCGGAAAGGAGAAGGCAGGCGUUCAUCUAAGGUAAUCAAUCCGAGCUUCAAAGUCCAUAAAACGAACAGGAUGAUGGUUCAGUCCAACAAGAAAGGUUACAUGGAGUUUUCAGAGCUUUAUAUGGGACAAGAAAUACAGGCUCACAGGGGCUACAUUUGGACUAUGAAGUUUAGCCCCGACGGUCAAUAUUUGGCUACCGGCGGUGAAGACGGGAAAGUCCGAAUAUGGCGUGUAACAUCGAUAGAUGCCUUUAGUAAACCUUUGAUGGCGGAGCGCGGUUUAGGUAGAUCUAUGGGCAACGGAAAGUUCGGUUUCGGCAGAGAAAAGUCGGUUCACUCUCAAGUUGUUAUUCCUGAUGAGAUUUUUUGGAUCAAGGAGUCACCAAUUCAUGAGUUCCAUGGCCAUUCCAGUGAUGUUUUAGAUGUUGCAUGGUCCAAUUCAAAUUUCCUUGUUUCUUCUUCCAUGGAUAAGACGGUUCGACUAUGGAAAAUCGGCUGCGAUCAAUAUCUAAAUGUUUUUCAUCAUAACGAUUAUGUAACUUGUAUCCAGUUCAAUCCGAUGGAUGACAAUUACUUCAUCAGUGGCUCCAUAGAUGGAAAAGUUAGGAUUUGGGGAGUGUCGGAGAAACGAGUCGUUCACUGGGUCGAUGUACGCGACAUUAUAACUGCUAUAUGUUACCGGCCAGACGGAAAGGAAUUUAUCGUCGGUUCCAUUAGAGGCACUUGCCAUUUCUAUGAGGCUUCAGGCGACGGCAUUAAUUUGGAGGCCGAGGUUCAAAUUCCUGGCAGAAAGAAAACUUUGGGCAACAAGAUCACAAGUAUUCAGUUCUCCCAGGAUGAACCCCACAAAGUUAUGGUAGCAUCAAAAGAUUCCAAACUCCGAAUACUCGACGGCGUAGAUAUCGUUCGUAAAUUUAAAGGACUACCGAAGUCAGGAAGUCAGAUGUCGGCAUCUUUCACGUCGACCGGGAGACAUAUAAUAUCGCUUGGAGAAGACUGUCAUGUUUACUUCUGGAACUACAAUAGCAUGUGCCCCCGAACAUCGAAACACAUGAAAUCCGUUUCGUCUCGCGAGCACUUCUUCUGUGAAGAUGUGUCCGUUGCAAUACCUUGGUUAGGCCAGCGCUCGGAUCGGAGUCACUCGGACUGCUAUCCUAGAAAGGAUCAGAUGGAGGGUGCUUCUCCAAUCAGAGAUUCGCAACGAUUCUCUCUUGGUAACUGGUUCUCCAUUGACAGCUCCUUCAAGGGCUCUGCAACAUGGCCCGAAGAAAAGCUUCCGUUAUGGGAUACAGCAUUUGCGGAUGAUGAAUUAUAUGCAUAUGAGCACCAGCAACUCCGUCAAAACGGCCAGUAUCACACGGCCCUACCGGAAACAUGGGGGCUCGUUAUAGUUGCAGGCAGUCGGAAUGGAACAAUCAGGACGAUCCAGAACUAUGGAUUGCCUGUUACUCUAUAGGAGUUCGA